AUGUUGGUGUCGAACGAUGCGGUUUUGGUGGCCACCAGCAUCGUGCUGGCUGUGUCGACCAUCGUUUCAGUGUCAAUACAGUUGGAACGCCAGUACAAGGCAACCGGGGAGUUGAAUGCUAGCAAAUGGUUCUUGGUUGCAAGUGCAUUCUUCGCUCUGGUCAUGACAUCUCUUGUUUGUGCUGCUGCGGCAAAAGGCCUCGGUGCCGAGAUCUCAGCUCAAGAAUUUGCUUCCAGAGUGUCCAUGCAAAAGCUCAUCGUUGCGGCAUUUCCCCCCUAUUUCUUGUGCAACAUGCUUGUCAAGCAUGCCUGGUUGACUUUCUACUAUGGCCUGGCACGCAGCCGACCUCAGAGAUACUUUAUUCACUUUAUGCAAUUUGUGGCGGCGGCAUUCGGCAUCAGUUCGGUGAUUGUGAUUCUACUUCAAUGCAUACCACUCAAUCUGGUAUGGAAACAGAACCUUGAUCCACAGGAAGAAAGCUCUGGCAAAUGUAUCAAUCUAAUUGCAUUCUUCUAUGCCAACUCGAUCAUCAUGAUCGUCAAUGAUUUGGUCUUAUACUUGAUGCCGAUAUGGUUGUUACGGAAUGUGGAUAUGCUACGAGGACAUCGGUUGAGCAUCUACGCCUUGUUUGCUGUUGGCGGGCUGGUCGUUCUUGCAAGUAUCUUCCGUUUCGUGGCAGUGUAUGGCAUCGCCACGUCAGACAAUAUUUCAUCAAACUAUGCACUCAUAUGGAUUUGGGCAGCGGUGGAAAACCACGUUGGGAUCUGUGCAGCCUGUGCAGGGGCGAUCAAACAGAGAUCCGUGGCCGCAUAUGAGAGUGUCCGCCGAUCAUAUUGCGAGUUCAAGUCGAAGAGCUCCGCACAACAAUCGUCGGAUUCAAUGACUCGCACACAGAGCACGGAAGAUCGCACCCUGUACGAACACACAGGUAGCAUCGGGGAGUCACCAUCGUUGAGGGCCGAUAACUUGAUGGACAAAAAGGAUGCAAGUGGAGUUCACAUGCAGCAACUUUUUGUUUUGAAGGAUGUGAAAGAAGUAACUACCUAG